AUGGAGACAGAGGGCGAGAACAGUAUUUGCGUCGCAUUAUUUUGGGAAUUGUUUACUAAAAUGCUAAAACAGGUCUCGCGCAACCCAUCCUUCAUUUUUAAUCCUGUUGGAUGGUGCACAGAUAUGGCUGUAGCGAACCUUCGUGGUCUCACUGAUGAGUUUGGAGCCCACAUAGUUGCAAGAAUUAAGUCCUGUGAGUUCCAUUUCAAAGACCAUCGUAACAAAAAGGCCCAGAGACUCGAUUCUGAUAGUGCAGACGUAUUUAAGGGGAUCUGCGAUGAACUUCUGAACAGCUUAAUUCCAGAAGCCUACUUGCGAGCAAAGGAAAGAAUGGACGAAUUUAUCGCAGCCUCAGAAGAUCGAAAGUUCCUAGGAGCUUGGAUUUCAUAG